AUGGAUCAACUCCCCCAUGUUCUAGGUAAGCAAGGUCCCACCGUACGAACCAGAAUUCUCAGUCGUGGCGUCGGAUGCGAUCAGAGCCUUCGCCCUGUUGCUUCGUGUGGAAUUCUCAAAAUCGAUCAGAGUCGCUCUUCCAUCGUGGAUGAGGAAAUUAUGCUUGUUAAGGUCACCAUGCUCGAUCCCCAAUUCGUCUCGUCUCGACAAUGUCCGCUGACACGGAGAAAGAUAUUCCGGUGUUGCAUGACGGCAGUCGGUGAUGCGCUCUAUGAUGAAGCCGAUGACUCCGCCUUGCUCACUUCAGUGGCCGAGGAAUUUGGGGCCGAUUUGAUGGUUUUCGAUCCAUUGAUAUGCAGAGAUUUCGGCAUCGAAUUGUGGUAUCUCCCAAUCGAAUCGAGCAAAUUUCGCUACAAUUGUUGA